AUGAGACUCCCGCUGGCUUUCGCCCUGCUCCUCCUGGCCUCGGCGCAGGCGCUGGCCCAGGAGAUGGGCGCCACCGACGACCUCAGCUACUGGUCCGACUGGUCCGACGGCGACCAGGUGAAGGCCCGCAGCCCCCGGCCCCAGCAGUUCUUCGGCCUGAUGGGCAAGCGGGAUGCCGGAUAUGGCCAGAUCUCUCACAAAAGGCAUAAAACAGACUCCUUUGUUGGACUUAUGGGCAAAAGAUCUCUAAAUUCUGGUUCCUCUGAAAGGAGCAUAGCACAGAAUUACGAACGGAGGCGUAAAUGAGACAUUCCCGUGCAUUAUUUAUUAAACCCCAUUUGUUCCAAUGGCCAAUGCAGUGUAAUAUAAACUAACCACUGUAUGGAAUAAUUAUUUAUUUAAUAAUAACCGAUUUUUUUUUUUAGUUGUACAUUCAAUAAAAUGAUUAUUUUUCAUAUUGUGGCAGCGAUACAUGUUGUGUAGGUGCGUUGUGGUUCUGAAAGGACCAGCAACCCUGGUGACGUCUCACAACAAAGCACAUUGUUUGAUAUGACCCAUAAAGUUAUGUUCACUAAACAAAGAGAAUAUUCUUUUGUUUGUUGAAAACGAGUUUAUCAGCUUCACAGCCAGUGCAGAACAGAGCUGAUGUACAGUCUAGUGCCUCAAUUUGUUUUCAUGGUUUAUAAUGUACUGUAAUUUCAGUAUCAAAAAAUAUAUUUGUAUCAUUGCAGCAUGUUUUAUGUUUUGUGACUACGUAUCUACAUAUUUUAAAAAGGGGGGGGGUAAGAUUUGAAUGUGAAUCCAAGGUCUUCAUUUCAUAGCCUGGAAUUUUAUGAUAGUAACAUUUUAAAUAAAAACUACUCUGGGGAUUUUGCAACA